GUGUGAAUCGGUGAGUAUCAGGUUACCCUUACAAAUGAGAUCAUGGGUGUGGAUCGUAUAGAUAUUGGAGGAGAAAUACAAAUCUAGCAAUCAAUAUAUUUACCUGAGUUGUGUCAACUUUGUUUAUUCUUCUGAGUUUAAAUUAAGAUAUGUGUUUCUAUAUAGAAUCGCCUCACAAUUUUAUUACAUGGGAUUUAUAGAAUGGAUAAUUCUUAUCAAAACUGUUUAAAUCCAUUGUGGAUUGUGUUUAUACUGAUUUCAACAAAAUGUAUUAAAGCCGACAUCUGCUCGUUUGAAGCGGGCACAUGUGGGUGGAGGAAUGUCCUGGAAGAAGAUGACAUUGACUGGAGCUUUGGAGAUUGUAGUUAUUUUAUACACGGGAACAUCAACAAAAAUGGAAUUGGAUAUCAACAACAAAAUACGACAGAUAAUUGUGCGUAUAUUGAAUCAUUUGGACCGCACUCGGCCGGACACAGAGCAAUGUUGAGACAAGCAGUGAUGAUCAAGACACCUGUUGUUAUCUCAUUUCAAGCUUUUAUAAACACCGAUGCUGGAAAUUUUAGAGUGUUUCUGAAUACAUCAGAUAAGUAUCAUCUAUUCUGGAAAUCUAAUGAUAUGAAGAGAGACACGUGGGAAUAUCAGCAAAUUAAUGUUUUCGGAAAAGAAUCGCCAUUUUGGGUGACAUUUGAUGCCGAAAGAGCGUUCUCCCAAAAUUUCCACCACAAUAAAGUUGCAGUAGAUGAUAUUGCUGUUAAUCAUAUCAACUUUAUUCAAAAUAUUCAACUUGUAGACGGUCCAACACCUAUGUCCGGGCGAGUCGAAGUUUUGAUAAAUGGUCAGUGGGGGACUGUUUGUGUGGACCCUGACGAUAUUUUCUUUGCCACGGUUGUUUGCAGAAUGUUAGGAUUUGCUACGAAUAAUGCACAGAUACUAAGUUUGCCAUGGGGUCAGCGUGGCACUGAGACACAGCCGAUAUGGUUAAACCGUGUUAUAUGUAAUGGGUCUGAAAGGAGACUUGAGGAGUGUAGGAGUUCACGUUAUGAUUUAAACGACUGCACUCGUUCUGAUGAUGUUGGAGUUUCCUGCUAUAAUAGGACAGACACAACGACUACACCGGCUUCUUUACAAGAAGAUGAACCUGGGAGUCAUACGAAUAACAACAUUUUCAUUAUUGUAUGCAGUUCGAUAGCUGCAGGAAUGUUCUCUAUCAGUCUAUGUUGUUGUGGAUAUUGUUUGCAUCGUUAUCAAAUCUGUUCGAAAGAUGCGACAGGACAGCAAAUCAGUCAAACACAAUAUGAGGUGGAAACAAAUGCAAACACUACAAUCACUGCAAAUACCCUGCAGAGUGAUGGAACACAUCCCAAACCCGACGACCAACCUCCGCCUUAUUCGGAGACAUGCUUCUUACCCUCCAACGAUGGAUACACAAUUCAAGUGCACUACCAUCUCUUGUCCGAACCUCCAUCCUAUGAUUAUGUGAUGGCUUCUCCUUGUGAUUACAACGUGCAUACAUAGAUGAUAAAUUCAAGGGGCCUUCGGAAUGGUUUGAAACGUAGACAUCAAUGUUUUGAAUUACCAUUAUUCUUGUAAAAACGUGUAAUAUUUUGUAAAUAAAAUGAUUCCUUAAA